AUGCCUCCUCGUCGGGCCCAUACCAAGUCUCGCAAUGGCUGUGACCAAUGCAAGCGACGUCGCGUCAAGUGCGACGAAAAAGGGCCCCCUUGCACGAAUUGUAUUUCACGCGAACUCAACUGUACCUAUUUAAGAGCCCCGCCACGCGAUGCACCAACCGCGCGAAGACGUAAUAAUGCGCCCCAGACGCGAGAGCUGGAGAUUCCCCGGCCGUUGGCGCCCAUCAGCCCGGCCUCCACUCCAUCCGCCAUCUCCGGCGUGCGGGACCUCGAGUUGAUGCAUAAGUUCGCCACGGAAACUUUCAGCACUGUCUGUACUUCCGAGUCCAAAUUUCACGUUUGGCAAAUAGUCAUCCCACGACUAGCUUUGCAAUAUGAUUUUUUGAUGAACGGUAUCCUGGCUUUAGCUGCUUUGCAUAUUGCCACGACGGCCGAGUCGCCUACUUCCUUGGCUUAUAUCGAUACCGCACUGCAGUAUCAUAAUUUGUCAUUUGCGCCCUUUCGUGCAGCUAUCGAUAAUCUCACGCCGCAGAAUUGUGAGGCUGUAUUAGCGCAGUCGAUCGUCACUACGGUUAUUGGCAUUGCUUUACCACGAGUCACGGCCCCUCGCGAUGACAAUACCAACAUGACCGAGAACAUCCUCGUGGUGUUUGAACUUCUCCAAGGUGUGAAGAAAAUUAUUCACAUCGGUCGGUCAUGGAUUAAAAUCAAUCUCUACUCUCGGCAGAAGGAACGAAUUGAGUCCGGAGGCCCGCCUGAAUUGGACAGCGACGCAUCCGCUGCCUUUGAUCGACUCGCCAUGUUGAACGAAGAGACCGUGGCUAGUAUGGACCCACAACAAUAUCAUAUCAAUAAAGACGUUAUCGAUAAUCUACGGAACUGCUACACGCUUUAUGCGGGCUCCCAAGAUCCCGGGGAAGUGCUUGCAUGGCUGGCCGCGGUCGAUAAAGAGUUUGUGGAUAACGUGAGGCGCCGACAGCCACUGGCUUUGCUGAUCCUCAUGCAUUGGGGUGUAUUGCUAGGUGAGCUGGAUGGCCGAUGGUGGUGGGCUUCAAACUCGGGCAAAUCAUUGGUUUUGGAGUUGCUGCGAGUGUUGCUUCCUGCGGAUGCUCGUUGGACUGAGUUCUUGUCAUGGCCUCAACGGAGAAUGGGGUUAUGA